AUGCGUUCAUACAGUCCUCCAUACAACAAGCCAGGGAUAACAACUUCGACGGCCUCCACCUCAGCUGGCCCAGCUGGAAUCUAUCACAGGCCAAAUAUCAUUAGUGACUUAGAUUCGGCGAGCUAUCCCGCUAACGCUAUUUUACAGAACUUGGAUUGGAUCAACGUACGGGCAUAUGACUUCUAUGACGCCUUGUCGAGUCCAGGGAAGACUGCACCACCUGCUAAGUUGCACAAUCCAAGAAAAAUCAAAUCAUUUGAGAGCGUGGAUACCGGCAUUAGCGAGUGGGUUAGUGCAGUGUCAGAAAACAAAUUAGUCAUCGGCCUUCCAUUUUUUGGCUACGAAUGGCUACUGGAAGAUGCUGCUAAACAUGAUUUUUUUGACCCUGCUGAAGGAUCGGGGAAUGAAAACAGAGAUGACUACACAUCUUAUCAAGAUAUCAAAACCAAAUCGAGCUUGAAUCACGAGUUCAGGCCAGAUUAUGUUACGGAUUAUUGCUAUGGCGGCAACCACUGGAUUGGUUAUGAUGAUACGGACAGUAUCGCCAGAAAGAUUGCUUAUUUCAAGCAAACGGAACUGCUUGGUUACUUUGCGUGA